AUGUUGGUUAAAACAAUUGCCUUGUUCUUGACUUUGACCAGUGCAGCACUUGCCUGUGAAAUGGACUGUAGACGUGGUGUGUCUGGAGACUUUGCUGAUGUUUAUAAACCCAUCAUUGACAUGAGUGUCAACAGAUUACAAGACCAAUUGACUUCUUCUAUUCCAAAAGUCAAGGUGCCUUCCAAGAUUACAACCCAUAUGUCUAAUGGAGAACUUGUGGACGAUAUACAAGCGAGCAUCAAGUCAACUCUUGAACAAUUUGCUAAUACAGAAUUAUCUAAGCCCAGAUUGGCUGAAGGAUUUUAUCAAGUUAUCUUUAACGAAGAAAAUCCUUAUAAAGGUGAUUGUAACAACCCAAAGAGAUUGACCAGAAAGAUGCCACCCAAGGGUGAAAGUUGGACUUUGGAAGAAUGUGAAAAGAUGGAUUAUCGUUGUGGCAAUCCACCUUCUAUUUGCCACUUUUUAGAUGAUGUAAAGGAACGUUGUAUCGGUCGUAUGCGUAGAGAGAUUGGUGAGCAUGCUUCUUUUGAUAACGGUGUGCUCGUCAAGAACUUGGCCAAAGAUACUCGUAGAUCGAUCCAUCGUACAUUGGCUAAGCAUGGUGUAGGUCAAUUAAGUGAAGAUAAGGAUGUGAGUACCUAUGUGACCAAAGUGGUUGCUUCUAUUGUUGGUACAUUAGAUCAAUGGAUCGAAAAGGAUGUUGGCCAACUAUGUGAAGGCCCUGAUCAAAAAGAGGUCUGUAAUAGCUGGAACGAUGAUAUCAAAAAGAAGAUCUUGGUGUGGCCUUAA